AAGAAUGCACCUGGCCAAACAGGAUGGUUCAAACAUAAAGAGGGCGGACGUACAAUCAUCAGAAGACACCAUCACCGUUCUGUUUUGAUAUAGCGUGUUGUGUUAGGCAGGUUUACAUUACUUUGUGCAACAAGCGACUUUUAGGUGACGGUUUGAGUUUCGGUGGGACCAAAUAGAGUGCGAACAAUGACACAGUUGUGGUACAUCGGCGUUUUAUGCGUCUUGAUCUCAUCGUCUGUGCGAGGACAGCUUACAGAAACAAAAACAACCUCUUCAGAAGCCGAAGACAUAGAUGUGGUCUCCACAGAUGCGUGUACUGCCCCCAUGGUUGUGGGGUUAUGCCGUGCCGCCCUCCCCAGAUUCUACUAUGAUGGUACCAGCUGCCAGAGGUUCGACUACGGAGGAUGUGGGGGCAAUGACAACAACUUUGAAACCAUUGAGGCCUGCAAUGCAACCUGCAAAGGUACCUCAGGUGGUGUGAUGUCUAAUGAACCUCCCUCAGCCCCUGCAUCCAGGAAAAGAAUGGCCCCUGCUGAGCACGAUGCUGGCUCUCCUGAUGUCUCCCUCCGUGAAAUGACGGCAGAGGACUUUGCAGUGCGUUGCCUGGCGGAGGCGAAGACUGGCCUCUGCCGCGCCGCCAUUCCGCGGUUCUUCUUUAACGGCACGGCUGCCACCUGCCAGAGCUUCAUCUUCGGGGGCUGCGGGGGGAACCACAACAACUACGGCAGCGUAGAGGAGUGCCAGGCCAGCUGCUUAGUGACAGUCAUUCCCAGCCCCAGGAAGGCCCCUGAAGGGACGAGUGCACCCCCAGCUGACUGCACAGCAAAGUUUGAAACAGGCCCCUGUCGCGCUGCGUUCCCCAGCUUCUACUACGACCCCUCCACCCAGUCCUGCCAGCCUUUCAUCUACGGGGGUUGCGGAGGCAAUGAUAACCGCUUCAGCUCCGAGGAGGAUUGCGUGACCCGAUGCUCCGGACAGGAAGGUACCACAGGGAAGCACGGGACUCGUUCCAACCGCACUCCAGCGUACGUGACGGUGGGAACUCUGGUGGUGUUCUCGGCCGUGGCGCUGGCGGGCCUCCUCCUGGUGAUGCUGCGCAAAUCCAAGUUCCACCGCCGUCGCCGUGACGACAAGGAGGAGCUGCUGCCCGAGGACCAGCUGACCACGGAGCAGAGCGCCUAAGGGCCGCGCCCGCAACGGGCAAAUGGGCCGCAGCCCCGGCCCGCUCCCCGGCCCAAUCCACAGCCCAGUCUUGGGUGUUUCUGUCCUGGCUGGUGUCUCCUCUUGGUCCAGAUUCUUGAAGCAUUUACCAUUCCUACGGUAUGACAGAGGGUGAACCUGGCUGACAUAGCCUGUGAAAGGUUAUUCAGUUUUAUAAUUUCUCAUGGAAACAUGAGAGAUUUGUAUCAUAUUAAGGUGAAAAGGGUGAUUUUGGCAUGAUGUAUCAAUUGAGAUAUUAUGAUAUUUAUCAUCUACUGUUGUUUCAUAAGAUCAAUGAAAACUGUUAUACAGCAGGCACAAGAACACAAUGAAACCUUUAACAUUUUCCUUAAUUGCUUUUCUAUUUUAUAUGGAAAAAUGGCCAAAAAUCUGAACAUUUUGCAUGUUUUAAAAAUAAAUCUGCAAUUAUAUUGAACAGCUAUUGGGUUAUACCUCACAUUGAAACCGAAAAGUAAACACCGACUUAAACUAUUUUUCUUAAAGGGAUUUUUAAAUAAUAUACAAAUUUCCGCAAAAAAUGGUUGCAUUUGUGUCCACAUUCUAAAUAUUACAUUUUGAUUCGAGGAAUGGAAUUUUUCCACCCUAUUCACCUGUGGUAUGUUUUUGUUUUAUGUUAUUUUAAAAAGCUAUUUUAAAUAUGAGAAGCCUGUAUUUUCAUAUUCCAACAGUAGAUUGAUCCCAGCAGGUUGAAUACACAAAUGAGGCGAUGACACCCUAUUUAGACAUCUGCUUGUCUUUACUGGCAGCCUUGGUACUGCUAAAUAAAAAUAAAUACAGUUGUUCUCCAUUCUUGCUAUAUGUUGGCCAUGAAUUUUUGUGGCUCAUAAAAAGAGAUAAAAAUAUCUGAAUUAAAAUGUGAAAUAAUUCUAAAGCACUGGUCAAAGUCAAAAAGCGAAAAUACAUACUCAAGGCAAAUGCCAAAAAGAAAUUCUAAAGGUCAAAGUAAAAAAAUAAAUAUUGUUGGUGAAAGGUUUUAAAAUGCAUUAUCGUUUGCUUGAACAUGAAAAGUUAAAAGAAAGCAGAAGAGACAACCUGAAGCUGAGAGAAGCCGAGCUUUCCUCCUUAAACCUGAGGAAAUGAUCACUGGUGAACCAGCAGUGUCCAUCACCAUGGCAAUACAUCAGUACUAUGAAGCUUGUUUAAUACCUAAUGAUUGUUUUAUUCUGACUUUGGGAAUACCUUGGUUAAAACACUGGUAUACCCUCAUCAUAGACUGGAAACUAUCGAAUGCAUUAGUAGCCGUAGUAAAGCCUGAAUAAAAUUGUGCCAUUUUUAUUCCCUGAUAUUUCACUUGGCAAUAGAGUGAUUCAACUGUGCAUUCUGGGUAAUGUAGUAAGAUGUCUGUUAUAGUUGGGGGACACUGUAAGAGAGUGCUACUCAACUCCAUGUCCUGUGGGCCGCCGCUACACCACCUGAUUUCACUGAAUGGCUCAUCUGAACUAAGCAGGUAAAAAUAAUGAGUGAAAUCAGGUGGUGGAGCGCGCGGUCAGAGUGAAUACCUGCAGACACUGCGGCCCGCAGGAUGAGGAGUUGAGUUGCGCUGCUGUAAGGGCGAAGAGAUGCAGAUUCACUCCAGAAUGUAAAUGACUAUAAACAUUGUUUUUAUUUUGCACUUUCGUUACUCUUCUUUUUGUGAUAAACUAUCAGGAAUCUGAAAUGAAAUUGAGCUGAAUAAAUGCAGAAAUACACUGACAUACUUGCGUGCUCGCCCCACUUCUGUCUGUGCAGCUCAUCCACAUUUUUGUGUCUGUUGGAUUAAAAGUCUUCAUGAAUGAGGUCAUUAUUACUAUUUCACAGCUCUGUUUAUCUGUCUACCUUAUACAAACCUUUUUAUUUUCCUUAAAUGUGUUCAAGGGUCUAUAGACGGAAGUCCUGAUGUGUUUAUAGUGUGUAAUCAUCUAAUUUCUGUGAUUAUUCUAAUCGAUUUAAUUUAAUCUGUGACUGGAAAAAGAAUAUCACGGGAAUCAUCAAGGGAAUAAGUUCUGUGACCUACUAUUUUUUUCUAUUCAUUUAUUUUUGGUUUUAAGUAAUCUAAAAUGACAUUGAAAUAUUAUUGAAGCAAUUUAGCCAGUCUGAGAUUUAUCAAAUGAAUCUACCAUGAAAUUCCCUUCCACCUAAUGAGCAUACUUCAAUUAAACCAUCUUUUGUGUUUUAUAAAACACUACUGACAGUUCAGACCAUGUGAUUUAUAAUGCAGAAUAACAUUCUAUUGUGAAAAUGAUUAUUAAAAUUACAAUACUACAAUAUUACAAGAAGAAAUUUUAUGAUUAAUGUGUAAAAGGAAAUUUUGGAGCAAUGAGUGUAUUUUCUUGUAGAUUGUUCAAAUAAACUCCUUUAGGAACUGAA